AUGCUUUUACUCUACACUCUCUCAUCUUCCCCAUUUCAAAAACUGACACAUCAUUAUCACUUUGUCAAAGUGGGACAUAUCUCUGAUCUCACCCAGUUUCAGUGUUGUUCUGAACUUGUUCGUUCUAAAUUCUGGGUUUUGAUUAGCUUCCCAUUCUUGUUCUCAUUUUUGCUUUGCAAACUUAAUCGGUGCUGCUAAGUUAAUUUCAUUCUUUUUGUUCUAGCUUUCAGGGUUUUGAAACUAAAGGGUGGUGGUGGGGUUGGUGGGGGAUAGGAGUGCCAUAAGAGAUUUAUAAUUUCCUCAAGACGAUGAUCCUUGCAUUUAAUGGAUGCACUCUGUGGAAGUGUUACUUGACAUUUGACAAAAAAUCUGUUGUUGACAAAAGUUUCUAUUUCUGGAUCUUCCAGAUCUUUAAUAGAUAUAGUCUUGGCACUUAGCAAUAAUUAUAAUCCUAAUCCUUCCAAAAGAUCCUGGAAGCUACUUUUUUUGGGGGUGGGGUUUGUUUUUGUUCUCUUGCUUUGGCUACUUUUUUCUUCUUCUUCAUCAUCAUCAUCAUCACAAUUUUUUGUGAGUCUUUCUUUCUAGUAAGAAACAAACAUGGGAGGGGCAUCACUUCCACCAGGAUUUCGUUUCCAUCCAACUGAUGAAGAACUAGUGGGAUACUACCUUAAGAGAAAAGUGGAGGGGCUUGAAAUUGAGCUUGAAGUUAUCCCCGUCAUUGAUUUUUACAAAUUUGAUCCAUGGGAGUUGCCGGAGAAGUCUUUCCUUCCAAAACGGGAUUUGGAAUGGUUUUUCUUUUGUCCAAGGGAUCGCAAGUAUCCAAAUGGAUCAAGAACAAAUAGAGCUACCAAAGCUGGGUAUUGGAAAGCCACCGGAAAAGAUAGAAAGGUGGUGUGCCAGUCUAAUCCAUCCACUGUUACAGGGUACCGCAAGACCUUGGUUUUCUAUCUUGGGAGGGCCCCUUUAGGUGAUAGAACUGAUUGGGUCAUGCAUGAGUAUCGCCUCUGUGAUGAGCUUGGCCAAGCCACACCAUGUUUCCAGGGUAGUUUUGCUUUGUGCCGGGUUAUUAAGAAGAAUGAGAAGGCAAGUGCUUCACAUGUAGAACACAAGGGCAAGAGGGCUGGAAGCAGUUCAAUGAAAGGGAGUGACACCUCAAUGAGAUUCUCUAGUGAGCCAUUCAGCAACUCUGGUGAUGCUUCCUCUCAAGCAAGUCACCUGAAUAAUGACAGUCGUUAUUCAAGCCCUAUUACUUCUCCUUCCAAUGUGGCUCCUAUGGGAGAGUUUAAUCAACCUUCUGUGGAAACCAAUCCUUCGAACUUCUGGAUCUCCCCUGAUAUGAUUCUUGAUUCUUCAAAGGACUACCCUCAAUUACAAGAUGCUGUAGCUGAAUAUUUUCCGCGGUAUGACCUACCAAGUGUGAUGACACCAUGGCAAUCAUUGGAACAUCCAGAAACUUCAUCUAGUUUGUCCUACUCAAAUUUCAAUGGAGAAGUUGAAUUUUCUGAUAAUCUCAGUCAAAUUGGCUGCAUGUCGCCUUACUCAAGACAAUGGAAUUCCAUGGGCUUUUAUGGAAGUGGGAAUGGAAAUGGGGAUGUCCCUUAUGAAGGCUAUGAUCUAAUUAACUCAAUCUCAUAUCCAGAACCCUUUUGAAAUCUGGAAACAAAGGAAGAUCAUUGUCUCACUUUUCUUGCGAUGCACGGUUUCAACAUGUUCUAAUUUGAAGGGUUGUCAUAAAUCCUUGUGGGGACUAGUUAGCUUUAGUUUCAGUUGGUGUGGCUUUAUAAGGAAUAUCUGAGACAACGCCUUUUAAUGUAUGUCUUGGAGUGAUAAAUAAUGAGUAGAAUCACCUUGUUGUGUAGCAGGCAGAAAUUAUUUUCUGCUUGAAGUGCCCUUGAUUAUGUUUCUCAUUUACACUGUUAGUAAGAUCCCCAGGCAAUAUCACUUUUAUCCAUUUUGCCGGAGUUGGUUUACAUUCAGCCAUCUGUAUUUGUGGUUCUAUAAAAUAAUGUUAUAUAAUGGAGGAAAACUUCAUAUAAAUGCUUUAAAGCC